AUGCAUACCGUUCCAUCGAUUCGUGCCCUGCACGCCCUCCGCGCUCUCACGCGCCUCACAGCCUCAGCAUCAAAAUAUACACCAGCGAUCCCCCGAGCUGUGUCGUCGCCGCUGCAACUAGCGCUGCGUCCGCACCAUCGGACGUUCUCGACGACUCCCUCCCUCUCGGUGACGCUCAACCAGCUCCGGACGCGCCUGGGCUCACGCAAACCCAAGAAACUGCGUCACGCCGUCUCCCCGGCCCUCAGCGCCGCCAAGCGGCCCGCCAUGAAGGGCGUGUGUCUCAAGGUCGGCAUCACCAAGCCCAAGAAACCCAACUCGGGCCAGCGCAAGACCGCAAAGGUCCGGCUGUCCAGCGGCAGGGUCGUCUCGGCGUAUAUCCCCGGCGAGGGCCACAAUGUGCAGCAGCACAGCGUCGUGCUGGUCAGAGGCGGCAGGAGCCAGGAUUGUCCUGGUGUCAGAUAUCACUUGGUCCGGGGGGCUUUUGAUCUGUCGGUCCAAAUACGGUACCAAGAAGCCGAAGACGACAUGAUAGCGGACUGCGCUUUCUAG